AUGGCACCUCCUCCCCGUUUGCGCAUUCUGUCCGUCGGUGGCAAUGCGAUCUCUGCCUUUCUCUCGUGGCGGCUGCAGGCGACAACCUCCUGCGAUGUGACCCUGGUCUGGAAAUCCGGCUUCGACGCUGUGGCCCAAUACGGCGUUUCAUUCAAAUCCAAAGCAUUCGGCAACGAACGAUUUAAACCCCGACAUGUGGUUCGUGCUCCCGAAGAAGCCUCAUCUCGCGAAAACGCAUACGACUAUGUCAUUCUCUGCGUAAAAGCCCUGCCCGAUGUGUACGAUCUGGCCUCCGUCAUCGAAUCCGUGGUCACGCCUCAACACACCUGCAUCCUCGUCAACACGACCAAUACCCUUGGAAUUGAGGCCCAUCUGGAGCAAAGAUACCCAACCAAUGUCAUUCUCUCCCUCGUUUCCAAUGUGGAAAUCUCCCAGACCGGCCCGAGUGAAUUUGAGCACCUCAGCUCAAGUGAAAUUCAUGUGGGCGCAACCAACAAAUCGUCCUCUAUCCCCACAUCCAUCCAGAACGACAUGGCGGCCGCGCUCGCAAUGACUUUGAACUCCGGCCAGGUCGAUUGCAAGGUGUCGGAGAACAUCCGACAGGAGCAGUUUGAGCGGAUGAUCGGCCCAAUUGCCUUCCACCCCGCCAGCGUCGUGUUCGAAACCGCAAACCACACACAACUACUCGAGAAGACCGGUGUCCGUCAAUUAGUGACGGGAAUCAUCGACGAGCUCGUCGAACUCGCCACUUCACUCGGUUGCUCAUUCCCCAACGAUUUCAGAGAAAAGACGAUCGAAAAAAUGACCGCUUCGGACGCACCCUCAACAAUGUUCCAGGACUUCCAGGCCCGGCGCCCGAUGGAAGUGGAGACGUUCUUGGGAUCCCCAGUCAAGUUGGCAAUCGAGUCCAACGUCCGCGUUCCCCGGAUUGAGACGAUGUACGCAAUGAUGCACCACGCCAAUAUCCUGAACCAGAAUAAGCCCCGCCAGGAAUCUCCACCUUCAUCUGUGAUCGGCCAACCGCCCCCCCGCAUGUCUUCCGCGCCCUCCCAACGACCCAUGAUGAACGGUGCACCUGCCGGCCCACCCGGUCCCCCAUCGAUGCGAGGAGGCCGCACACCCUCUGGGAUGAGCAUGCCCCCGCCCCGCCGAGGCCCGCCUCCCGGCAUGAUGCCACGAGGCCCCGGUGGACCGAUGCCGAUGCCUGCCAAUCAAGGAGUCCCCCGCGACACAUCAUUGGAAGGACUCGAGGAGUUCAGCCAUAUGGUUGUCUACGAUGGAGAGGGAGAGCCCGGUAUGCCCCACCCGAAUGGCAACGGGCAUCCCGAAGGAGGACCGGGCCCUGCGUCCGAUCUGGCCCUGCGUGAGCGAGAGCUGGCCCUUCGUCAACGUGAAUUGCAGGUCCGUGAGCAGGAGAUGGGCAUGCGCCGUGGUCCCCCUGGCCCCCCUGGGCCAGGACGUCGUGGCCCCUUCCGCCCCGGUCCAGGCCCAGGUCACGGUCCCGGACCCUCAUUCGAUGAAGAAGAUGAGGAUUACUUCGACCCCAUGGACAGCAUGGCCAUUCCUCACAUCGAUCCCGACAGCGUCGACAUGAUGAGCAUGACUUCCCGCCGGGGACGCAAGGGUCCCACCCACAGCCAGCUCCGCAAGAACCCCGAGUUCUCUGUCACUGGCCCACCCUCGGGCGGCAGCCGCCCUUCGUCAUCGUUUGGUCGCUACUUUGGUCGGAAGCGGGCGAGUGAUCGCGUGAUGCAAGAAAUUCCCGGUCUCCAUGAUUCACUCAUGGACAACCCUAUGAUGAGCUACUCUUCCAACAGAUAUGGUGCCGUUGACCGAAACCAGAUGGCUGCGGAUUCCCGCGCCAACUCAUUAACAGCGAGCCACAUGGGAGACUAUCCACCCCGACCCUUCCCAACAAGUAGGCGAAACAGCCAAUCCCCCGCGACUCCCUUCAACGGACCCCAUGGGCCUCCUGGUCCAGGUGGACCCCGGAUGGGCCGUCCCCCGACUGCACAAGACCAAAACCUGGGACCCCCUGGUGUACCUCAUAAUGGGCAGCCAUCGCCGCCCGGAAACAUGCGAACGCCAGUACCGCGGUAUCCUCAGGGACCUGGAAACGCGGUAGGGCCGCAGCAAGUUGAGCAACACUAUGGGGUGAGCAACUUCCCGGCCAAAGGUCCCCCUAGAAAUCAGAAUCUGACCGGAAGUGGGAGUGCCAGCGCGGGGAGUGGUGAUAGCGGAGCCAGUGCCAAUCUUGAUUCCGAGCCCUCCUCUCACAGCAGCCAGAUCAGCCUGGGCAACCAGGCCGUCGCGGCCCCUGUUCGCUAA